AUGGAGGAUUGCAUCUUUAUCUCACAAGCAGGAUAUGCGAAAGAAAUUCUAAAAAAAUUCAAUAUGGAGGAUUGCAAGCCUGUAUGCACCCCCAUCAAAUGCGGAAUCAAGUUGUCGAAGAAUGAUGAAAGUGAAAAAGUAAACCCAACACUUUCAAAGUAUUGUUGGAAGUCUAAGAUAUUUGACAUGCACAAGGCCACAUAUCUUUUUUGGAGUUGGGUUCAUCAGUCACUAUAUGGAGACACCUACCAUGACCCAUAUGAAAAUUGUAAAGAGAAUUCUUUACUACAUCAAAGUGACAAUGACUGGGGCGGAGACAGUGAUGAUAGAAAGAGUACAACUGGAUAUCAUUUUACUUGGGUGACACAGCUUUCACCUGGAGCUCAAAGAAGCAAUUGA